AUGUUGCUUCAUUUAUAAUGAUACCUACCUUCUUUGUAUAUAUUGCAUAGAAAGCUGAUUGUAUCAAGGAAGCAGCAGCUCUCACUGUUUAUUAAUGAACUUCUACUGUCAGAACUUGUUCUUUCAUAUUCACCCAAAAGUGAACAAGCUUGGACUCACAGGCGGUGGGUGAUCAAGAUGAUUGCUGGAAAAUGUUCGACUUUGGAAGACAUUAUAGCAAAAGAAUCUGAGCUAGUGGAAAAAAUAGCUGAGAGAUCAAAAAUGAACUAUCGUGCUUGGAAUCAUCGCUGCUGGCUGGUUUCCUACAUGACAAGAGCACAGAUGCUUCAUGAGUUGAAGAAAUCCAGAGUCUGGGCUGGGUUGCAUGUAGCUGAUAAUUCUUGCUUUCACUACCGUAGAAGGCUGAUGGUUGGGAUUCUAGAGAACUGCUAUAAACAAGAAAAGGAAAAUUCUUGCAACAUUGACAAUUAUCAAAUUUUGGAGGAGGAGCUAGAUUGGAAUGAACUGUUGAUAAAGCGCUACAUAGGGAGAGAGGCUUUAUGGCUACAUCGCCGUUUCCUUUCCUUGCAUUGGAUAAGGCAUUUGACAAGUAAUUUAUGUGGUGCUCCUUGUCACUCCGAGCAGAAGCUCUGCUCAAGUAAUGAAAUUGGCCUCUUUAUUGAUAAGGAGUUAUGUCUUCUAAAAUCUUGCUCAACCAUUCAUGACUCUGAGUUUGAGGAUUUCCAAGCACAGGCCACAUAUUCAGCAUUUUAUCUCCUAUGGUUGACAAAGCAAAUUCCUCAGUCUCUGGGGAUUGAACUCCAAGCAAAGCUAAAAGCAGCAGUGAACCUGAAGGCUCUGAUCAAGAAGACGUGUCCGGAUAAAUCCUCCCUUUGGGAUUGUUUGUUUGAAGAGUCUGACGAACAUGUGUGAGAGAAUUAAGUGGCUUCUCUUUCGGCCAAAACUAGGUUAGUUUGAUGAAUAAAAACAAUCAUAAGAUCUCUGCUUUUGGGACAAAGCUUUGCACAGUAAACGCCCUACUCAUGUUGUUAGAAUUGAUUAAAGAAACGAGUGAAACUUGGAAGAGUUUCUUGUCUUGCACUGCAUCGGAUUACAAAAUAGAAUUCAUUGGAGGGGUGUAUCAUCUUAUGUAUCAAAAAGAAGGGCUAUGCAAACUUGGAGAUAUCAAGUUAAAACUUUUUAAGGUUAGUGGAAAGGGAUAAGCCAAGGAAGAGGUUAUUCUUUUUGUAUAAAAAGGAAGUGCCGUUUGGUCUCAUUUUUGUUAUUUUUAUUCUGUUUCCCUUUUGUCCUUCUAUUGAUAUAAGAUGGCAAACUUUUCCAUAAAAAAAUUUAUUAUUA